AUGCAGCAGUUAUGGUUAGAAGGUAAAGACUGGGAUGAAGAAGUUUCUGAGGAAUCUCUACAAAAUUGGAACAAUUUAGUACAAGACUUAUCUGAAGUUGAACUAAUAUCAAUUCCCCGUUGGAUUCAACUUAUGCCUAAUGAUACAAUUCAAAUUCACGGUUUCUGUGAUGCAUCGAAAUCCGCUUAUUGUGCCACUGUAUACAUUAGGUGUCAAACAAAAACUCAAAAUGUAUUCUCAAAUUUACUAGUAGCAAAAAGUAUAGUUGCCCCUUUACAAACUGUCUGCCUCCCGCGCUUAGAGCUUAAUGGCGCAGUGUUAUUAGCAAAUUUAGUUAAUUACGUAAUAAACUCUCUUAAUUUCAGUAAAAGCGAAAUAUAUUUGUGGACAGAUUCAGCUAUAGUCCUUGGAUGGUUAUCAAAACCACCUUCAUCAUGGGAAACUUAUGUGUCAAACAGAACAUCACGAAUACAUGAAUUAAUGACUAAUGUCACAUGGCGACAUGUUCCAACACAUGAUAUUCCAGCUGAUUUGGGCACCGAGGUUGUAAAGCACAAAAUUUGGUAA